AGACACAGCAUGCUGUAGCAGUUGUGGAGUGUCACAAGAGGGAGGCGGUUUGAUCUGGCGGUGUAGCGACAGUGGCAGUGGCAUCAUUAGGUCUCACAAUGGUGGAAACAUUGUCCAUCAUUUGGAAUUGUGGGAGACUGCCUCGUGGGACUGUUCGAAGGGGGGUAGCAGCAGCUUUUCAGCGAGCCAAUCACUCAAAGCAAUAUGAUCUUAACGAAUCUCCACAAAUGAGUCAUAUGAGGAAUUCAGACAUUGGCAGCAUGAACUCAAUGCUAGUUGUUGGAUUCCACCAGCCUCCUCAGAUGGCAUCAGAACCCCUCUAUGUCCUCAGGUAUACAACAAGAAACAACAACAUGAUGGAUUUGACAGGUGGAGAGAUUUUUACAGGUACCUUGGACUUCUCAAUAUUCCCACACGGUGUCUUGAUCUGAGAAUACCAGGAGCAACUCGGGGACAAUUCAGGAUGAAUUAUCAGUUUGAGAUACUUAGUGUACUACUCAACCCUUUUCACACUACUGAGUCCAGUGGGGCUGCGCCAAGCUGAAUUUUGGCCUUGCCCGGUUAUGCAUUCAUUCACCAUAAGAUUUCUGGAACUGUGCUGCAAAGGAAAGUGAGAAAGAAAAUAGAGCCAGUAACAGUACCCUUUUUUGGAUCGGCACAAUAGUGGAGAAAAUGGUUUUUGGUUCUCCGUAGAUAGGCUACCCAAAUACAUAAACAAUCUUUUAUCAGUAGAAUAUUACAGACAAUUGACCUUUUAAAGCAAAUCAAAUACAAAACAGGCAUUUUUGUUGGUGUAUUUGAAGGUUUCUGUUCCUUAGAAUCCAUGGAGGGUAUGUAAUCUUGCAGAAUUCCAAUAUCUUUGUUACCUCGGUUUUGGCCUAGACCAUACUAGUCAAUCCCAGAUAAUGAAUCAGCUCAUGAGAGGGAAGCGGUUCCAAAUUUCAAACAAAAACAAGGUCUGUAGAUAGACUACAGAGGAUUACGACGGCAGGAAUAACGGAAUGAUUAUAUUUUUAAAUAAGAAAAUUAAAUUUAAUAGCUGCAGCUUUUAACCACACUCUGCAAAGCUCUGGAUCGCGCGAAGUUACCAAUUCGAUUGCGUCCAUGUUCCAAAUUUCUACGCAUGAUUUAAUUUUAAUGCGAAAACCUGAAGCCACCCAAAGUUGGAGCUCUUAACCUCACAAGUGCAAUCCUCUGGGAGCCUAUAUCUCGUUGUUCUUACUUGCAACAGUAAACUGACAUUCUACAUUUAUAUAUAUAUUUUUAAAAUAUAUCUUAUUCAUCCGCUGAGAAGCUAUGCCGAGGUCGAAUAGGCAAAAAGAAUACAAGCCUGGGGAUCUCGUGUUUGCAAAAAUGAAGGGUUAUCCACAUUGGCCCGCGAGGAUUAAUGAGUUACCCGAAGGAGCAGUCAAGUCCCCCUCCAACAAGUACCAAGUUUUCUUCUUUGGGACACAUGAGACUGCAUUCCUGGGUCCCAAGGACUUGUUCCCCUAUGAGGAGGGCAAGGAGAAGUUUGGCAAGCCCACCAAGAGGAAAGGCUUCAGUGAGGGUCUAUGGGAAAUUGAGAACAAUCCUACGGUGAUACACGAACCCGCAGGUUAUGAGCUGGCAAAGGAGACCCCAGCAGAGGGGGUGGUGGAGGCAGGUGUGCCGCGAAAGGGGAAUGCAGAAGGAAGCAGUGAUGAGGACGAAGGGACCCUCAUCAUCGACGAGAAGACCGACAGGGGAGGGGCCAAGAGGAAAGCUGGGGAUUCCGUCGAGAGCUCUCCUAAACGACCUAAGGACACAGAGAGCAAAGGUGACUCGAAGGUGGAUAGCAAGAAGUCUGACACCGAGCUGAAGCUCAAUGACAAGGCAGGGCCUAAGCCCACAGCGCUGUCUUCUGCAGGUGAGCCAAAGCCAGAGAGCCAAGCAAAACCACCGACCGAGGCCCAAUUAACAUCAGAGAAGCCUGUGACUGACAGUGCUUAACAGCAACCCUCCGAGGAUGACCAAGGACCCGUGGUUCUUUUCCAUGGAAUUUUGGGCAUCAACAUAAUUUUCUAAUCUUUGAAUGCUAGGUUUCUGCUGUUAUUAAGUAACUGGAAAGUGUUAAGACCUAUAUAGAAAUUGUACAGGCAAAACAAACUUACUUGCCGGUUGGGGGUAUUGAAUAUCCCAGGAUUUAAAUUGUUGUCAAACCAAUAGUGAGGAGAAAUGCAAUGCUCAAGAGGAAAUGGGUUUCGGAUGUAUACAUUUUUUUUAAAGUGCAAUUAUGAAGUCUAUCUGCUAGGUGUCAAAAUGCAUUACAGUUUAGAGUACACACGCCCGCCAGUUUCUUAACAAUCUGAAUAUAAGCAAACAAAAACACAAUUUUGGGGAAAAUCUUUUGAACAUGACAUUCAUAAUGCUUUUCCAUUUGACAUGAGAAUCCUGCUUAUCCUGUUUUAAAUAUGUUUUUAGUUUUGUGGUUCAUUGGAUUGAGAAUAUUAGAUAGCUUUUUAUCUAUGACGGUGUGCUUUAUAAAAAGAACACAUCUUUAUGUUCUUGGCUUUAAGGUGUGUACAGUGCAUUCGGAAAGUAUUCAGACCCCUCCACAUUUUGUUACAUUAUAGCCUUAUUCUAAAAUGGAUUAAAUCGGUUUUUCCCCUCUUCAAUCUACACACAAUACCUCAUAAUGACAAA